AUGGGCGCUGCCUACGGGUCACCUGUUCACCAUGGCUUUGGAUCCCCGCAUUCCUGGCCUGGCGCGCAUGUGGAGUUUCUACCGGUUGGAAGCCAUCAAGGAUCCUACGUCAAGCACAAGGUCCCCAUAUGGGGAAUUCGCUGGCAGUGUCUUUGUUUAGCGUUUUGCAUGCUUCUUGCAGCUGUGAUCCUGCUAGUAUGGUUGCUGCUGCUUCGACGCGGCUCCCACACAGAGCCGUUUCGAGAUGAACCGCUGGAGGUGUCCAGCGCGGCCUUCGACUGCUCGGCAGGAUUCUGGAGAUGGAAAGAAGGCUGGAGCGAUGCCAAGAAGGAGUGGUGUUGCAAACGCGAGCAGCGAGGAUGCUCCGAGGAAACGACAACCUCUGCGCCGUACGAUUGCAACGCUGCGUUCAGCAACUGGCAGUUUGCCUGGUCAGAGCCAAAGAAGCAGUGGUGUUGCGACAACUUUGAGAUGGGCUGCGAGAACACCCAAGGUGAAACUCCAGGAUAUUUCAAUUGUGCGGACACGCUAUUCGACACCUGGUCAACACAGAAGCGGCGGCAUUGUUGCACCUCCAUGGGCAUCGGCUGCGUUGCUGCCAACGGCAUGCUUUUCGACUGCAAGGCUGGUGUAUCCAACUGGCAAGUUGGCUGGUCGAAAGACAAAAAAGCUUGGUGCUGCCUCCACGAGCACGUAGCUUGCCCGACAACGGCUCCGUUCGAUUGUGAUGCGCAGUACGACCACUGGCAGGCUCCACAGGGCUGCAAAGAGGCGAAGCGAGGAUGUACCACCACGCUCGUGACCACAUCGCAGCCGUUCGACUGUGAUGCUGGCUUUGCAAACUGGAUCCGCGGAUGGUCACAGUUAAAGAAGGCUUCCGCUUGUGCCUGCUGUUUGGCCACAGCAGAAGAGCGAGCUUCUGGCAUGAAAUGGCUUGAUAGUGGGUUGCGGGUUGCUGCUGACAUGGGGAAGGGUGAUAAGAACGGUAUGGUUGCAAUGGGUGAACACUGGAAGAGGUGCGCGCCUGAGACAACGGUUGCCCCCUACGACUGCGAUGCAGGAUACAUUCGAUGGGAAAAAGGCUGGUCAGAUGCAAAGAAGCAUUGGUGCUGCCUGGAGUUCAAUCGAGCCUGCGACCCCUUCGACUGCGAGGAGGAGUCACAUCGCUGGGAGCAAGCAUGGUCUUCUGCCAAGAAGGCAUGGUGCUGCGAGCAUUCCACCGUGGGAUGCGUGACCACCACCACGGCAGCGUACGACUGUGAUGCAGGAUAUUCCAGCUGGGAGCAGGCGUGGAGUGAUGGCAAGCGCAACUGGUGCUGCGCUCACUUCAACCGCGCAUGCGACCGUUACGAUUGUUCUGCAAAUCUGAAGACCUGGAGGACUUCGUGGCCGGACGUCAAGCAGCAGUGGUGCUGCACUCACAUGCAUGCAGGCUGCGAAGAGACCACAACAUCCGAGCCGUAUGACUGUGAUGUGGCCUAUGGCCACUGGGAGCUAUCCUGGACGCCGCAGAAGAAGCACUUCUGCUGCAAUCGCCACGGCAGGGCUUGUGAUCCCUUCGAUUGUGCCGAGGGGCUGGAUGACUGGCAGUUUGUCUGGACGACUGCGAAGCGAGCUUGGUGCUGCGACAAGAUACAGGUUGGCUGCAUGUCCACCACGCUGCCACUCCCUCACGACUGCCAGAGAGGCAGCGUUGGCGAGUGGGCUGAAGAGAAGCGGGCGUGGUGCUGCUCCCGCCAAAAAAUUGGCUGUCUGGACCAUGCCUUCGACUGUGAAGCUGGCCUAGCAGACUGGCACCAGGGUUGGUCCAAG